CUGCGUGCGGGCCUCAAGGGCCCCGCCCCUUGCCCCGCUCCCCGCCGAUCAUAUGUUCGGCGCGCCGGCGCGCAGCGACCGCUCACUGCGACUCGGGCACCCGCCGUCGUCGCAACGUCACGAGCUCUACGUACACGUACACGCCCGCGCAGGAUCAGCUGUCGCGACUGAUACGCACCACGCACCGCACGGCGAAGCCCUGUAAUAAGCCGCAGUGCGGUGUGCCAUGGAGCUGCUUUGUGCGGAACGCGUGAGCCCGAGCACCGAGGGCGCAGCGGCGCCGGCGCCGGGCCCGCGGGCCGCUGUGCCGGACCCGGUGCUGCUGCGGCGCCGCGUGCUCGACAACUUGUUGCGCACGGAGGAGCGCUACGCUGUCACCACCAACUACUUCGGCACCGUGCAGACGGAGAUCACGCCUCACAUGCGUCGCCUCGUCGCCGAGUGGAUGUUAGAGGUAUGUGAAGACCAAGGCUGCCAAGAGGAGGUGUUCCCCCUAGCGGUGUCGUACCUGGAUCGCUUUCUGAGCAUUUGCCCAGUGGGGAAGAGCCAAGUGCAACUCCUGGGCACGGCGUGUCUCCUGCUGGCGUCGAAGCUGCGCGAGCCCGGCUCACGCUGCCUGCCCGCCGACCUGCUGGUCUUCUACACCGCCAACAGCAUCACCCUCGCCGACCUAUGCAGUUGGGAGUUGCUCGUGUUGUCGAAGCUCAAAUGGGACGUAGCCGGAGUGACGGCACACGACUUCCUGCCGCUACUGCUGUCGCGACUGCCACUGCGGGGGCUCGUCAACACCAACAUGGUGCACCGGCACGCUCAAACCUUCAUUGCGCUUGCUGCCAGAGAUUACGAGUUCAUGUUGUACUCGGCGAGCACGCUGGCGGCGUGCAGCAUCGCCGCGGCGCUGCGCGGGCUCAGCCUGGACGGACAUCUGCCGCGCCUGCACGACCUUACGGGCAUCGACUUGGACUGCCUACACACGUGUCUCGAACAAAUAGAGGAGAUGGUGCAGCACAUGAUAGAAGAACGCCCGGUCUCGGCCCCAAACGGGCAGAGCAGGGAGGCGGCGGGGUGGACCCCCCCGCCCUCCCAAGACAAGGCGCAUAGCAACGCCGCCACCCCCACCGACGUCAGAGACGUUCACUUCUAACGCCGUAAUGAUAAUCAUACAGUUCGCUUAAAAGGUGCAAGUACGAAAAUACUUUAAACUAAACCUAUAGUUAUUAGGGUGCAUAGUGAUCGAGGACUGAUACCAAGACUGACAACCACAUGUCUACACGUAGGCACGCGCCUAACUUACUAUAAGUAUAGUACAUGUAUAGAGUAAGUUUAAGAUAAGUGUGCCCUGCGAGCUACUCGUUGGCCUCCUAGCUUCGCCAGGCGUGAGGCGCAGCACUCAGUGAGUUUACUUUAUAAAAUAAACGCAUCUUACAGUUUUAGUAAAUAUUGUUCUUGAAAUUACAAUCUACCUCUUAUUAUUUAAGACAAAAGUUUCAGUUUCGUUUGGCCGUAAGCUGUAAUAACAUUUUAUAAAGCACGGUACACGCUUACUACAUUUUCAUGCUGUUUGCAUGGGACCAAAGCAUCAUUUUGUUUUAAAAAUGAUCUGAUAUAUGUAACAUAGAAUGACUGUUAUGUUUAAUCAUAAUAGUAUAGUCAUACAUAUUCCAUAUUCGAAGGGUUGAUUACGAUGAGAAGUAUGAGAACAGUGUCCACAUUAAGUGAAUUCCGUAAAGUUGAUAAACCUGUUAUGUAUCGCGAUAGCGGAUAUCCAUCAAAUUCUACUUAUAUCGGGGGAAGGCAAUAAAAUACGCUUUUAUAUUUUGUAAAAACUAAUGUUACGUUCAUUAAUUUUAUCAUAUUUAUAUACUAUAGGCACUACAUAUAAACAAAUUCAUAGGUCGGUAGUAGUUGAUUUGAAGGAUACUGUGUGUUGGGGACUUGUAUGGAUGUCUCGAGGGAGGAGGCGCGCGCACGCGCACGCAAGGGCUGUAUUUUUGUUUCCGCUCUCUCAAAGAUUCUCUUAAAGACUAAUUCUCUAUGUAGGCAAAUAAUAUCUUGUUCCUCUUGUAAGAAUAACAGUGAUGUUUAGCUUUUAAUUAGGUACGCCGCGGUAAGGUAUCAACAACUGUAGGUUUAAUUUUAAAAUUUAAUGUGAUAGUGUCGAAAGAUGAUUGAACUUCAUAUCAUAGUCACUUCAAGUCAUAAUAUGUAAACUUAGAGGUACUUUUUGUUGGAUAAAUUAAGAAAAUAGAUAAAAAAAUGUGAUUUAUUAAAAUAUCCUUGAUAGAAAUUUGUAAUUUACCUAGAUUAAGUGUGUAAUAGGUAGCACAUACUAAUGUUUGUUACGUUCCUAUGUAAUGUUACGCAUGCAAUAGUCUAAUUCCACCAUUAUGUACUUAAUAUUUCAUAACCAAAACUACAAUAAGUCAAAUCCAAGCCCACAUUACUAUUAUUUCAUAAUUGUGAUAUUAUACCUACCUUGUUAUUGACAUUACUAUUAAGUUUUUAGGUUUUCUGUUCGUAUUUCUAUUUCGGAUUCUGAAUAAUAGCUACCUACCUAGUUGUAUAUAAUUGAAAGAUAUGUUCCUGCAUUGGACCCGUUCGCUAACUUGACUUGAAUGUUGAAGAUAACUUUUAAUUAUAAAUGAAAAUGAAAUUUAAAAAUAAUGUUAAGUGUACAUAUUGCUUGGAUAUAAUUACACUUAGCAUUUAAGUAUCCAAGUAAGCGAACGGAAGAUAAAAGUAUCUAAGGAAAAAUUAUACCAUCACGCUCCGCGAUUGUUAUGCCAUUUAGGGUCCAAGCUAAAUUGGUUGUUCCAUACUUACGCUAUGGAUUGUCCAAUUUAGUUAGAACCCUAAAUGGCAUAACAUUGACGGAGCGUGAUGGUACAAUUUCCCUAUUGUUUUUUAUACUACAGCUGAGACUGUGAUGAAUGGAAUUCAAAUUCGUUUAUUUAAAACACUCCUAAUGGAUUUGCGAUCACCAAAUGUCCGAAAAUUCCAUUUCCAAGCUACGAACUUUGCACCGUAGUAAAGAAAAAAAAUGUGCUCAGUAGAUUAACAUAGAUUAAGUGAACAAUCGGUCCAGUGUCUUCCAUGAUAUUACUGAAGAAUCAGACAACAGGCUGCCGACGACGUGAGUCGCUGUCAGCGAUGCAAGUCUGUUUCUUCACUAUAUAGAUUUAUAAAUAGGUACCUACAGCGGUAAAUAGAUUAGGCCAUUUAUUAAUGUAGAUAUUUUAGUUAUGUAAAUAAGUAGAUUGUUUUUAUAAAAUUAUGCUGUAAGCAUGUGGUGCCAUAGUAACACUUCUAAUAAGUAUUGUAUAAAAUAUUAGCACUAAUAAUUCUAUUACCUACUUAUAAAAUGUAUCGGCAAUGUCCGCGUUCCGUUAUAUUCAGUACGCACUUUAGAAUUCAAUUUAUUUUCUAUAGAAAGUAUUUCAGUUGACAUGAAUGAAAGUAUACAUUUUAUUAUUUAGUUUAUAUCGUGUAUAAACAAAGUUAUGUGGGAAAAUAAUACGCAUUACAUAGAUAGUCUUAUUGAAUGCUUGGGGCUUUGGGCUAGCUUCAAAUAUUUUAAGAAAUGUUAUUACAUUGACAUGAAAUGUAAGAGAAAAA